CCCCAUUCUUUUCAAAGCUUUCCAGUUUGACUCUUCCUGACAAAUUUCUACUGCUAAUUUCAGACCAAGAAACGAGGAGGGUAGGCACCACACAGCAGUAGGCACAAUUGCAGAGCAAACAGAGCUCGCUACCUAGCCAUGGGAGGCGUCGCCGCCGCCGUUCUCCAGCCUUUAACGCUUUCCCGGCCGCGCGGGUGGACUCCGGCGACGAAUUUGCCGAGGCCGAAUAAGAGAAAGAGCGGCGUCGGAGUGAGGGUGAGGCCGGCGAGGGCGGCUCUAGUGGAGGCGAGACCUGCGGCUAUAACAGUUAGAGACGGUGGCGACGGAGGUGAUAGGUCGGUGAAGGUGCAGAUCUAUCGAGCCGGCAACGCCGUAGACCGUGCGGAGGAUAUUCAGGCGGAGGCGAGGGCCUUCGCACGUGCGGCGAACGCCUCCGUUUACAGCCCGCAGCUUCUGGUCGACAAGUACGGGUCCAAGCCGGUCAAGGUGGUUCGGAGGACUCUGAAGAUUUUGACAGCGUUAGGUUCGUUUGGAUUGAAUUUGUUUAUUGAUCAACAGAAAGGCGUGCUUGAUCAGAACAAAAGACGGCGAGCUGUGGAGCUCCGGCAAAUCUUCACUCGUUUGGGACCUACCUUUGUCAAAUUAGGCCAGGGCUUGUCGACAAGGCCUGACGUCUGUCCGUCGGAGUAUCUGGAGGAGCUCUCUGAGCUUCAGGAUUCUUUGCCGACAUUUCCCGAUGCAGAAGCAUUUGCGUGCAUUGAGAGGGAGUUGGGAGUACCGCUUGACUCUAUUUACUCGUCCAUAUCUCCAUCUCCAAUUGCAGCAGCUAGUUUAGGUCAAGUCUACAAAGCUCGACUGAAGUCCACUGGGCAGGUUGUUGCUGUUAAGGUCCAGCGCCCUGGUAUUGAGGAGGCUAUAGGACUAGACUUCUUUCUCAUAAGGAAUCUUGGAUUUUUCAUUAACAAAUAUGUUGACAUCGUGACCACGGAUGUUGUGGCCCUUAUUGACGAAUUUGCACGCAGAGUUUAUCAGGAGCUCAACUAUGUGCAGGAGGGACAAAAUGCAAGGAGAUUUAAGAAAUUGUAUGCUGACAAGAAAGAUGUUUUCGUCCCCGACAUUUUCUGGGAUUAUACCAGCACGAAAGUGUUGACAAUGGAGUGGGUAGAAGGAGUCAAAUUGAAUGAGCAAGCAGCCAUUGAGAGUCAAGGAUUGAAAGUAUUAGAUCUAGUGAACACUGGCAUACAGUGCAGCCUCAGACAGCUACUUGAGUAUGGAUAUUUUCAUGCAGAUCCUCAUCCUGGGAAUCUGUUGGCAACACCUGAAGGAAAGCUUGCCUUUCUUGAUUUUGGAAUGAUGAGUGAAACACCUGAAGAAGCUAGAUUUGCUAUUAUUGGUCAUGUUGUUCACAUGGUUAAUCGGGAUUAUGAAGCUAUGGCUAAUGACUACUAUGCUUUAGAUUUCUUAUCGCCUGAUGUAGAUGUUUCUCCAAUUGUACCAGCACUCCGGAACUUCUUUGAUGAUGCACUGAAUUCCACUGUUAGUGAACUUAAUUUUAAAACACUGGUGGAUGGUCUAGGUGCUGUGUUGUAUGAGUAUCCAUUCAAUGUUCCUGCUUAUUAUGCAUUGAUAUUAAGGUCACUCACAGUCCUAGAAGGUCUAGCACUUUAUGCUGAUCCUAAUUUCAAGGUGCUGGCUGCUUCAUACCCGUACUUUGCUAAACGGCUUCUGACAGAUCCAAAUCCAUAUCUCAGAGAUGCUUUGAUUGAGUUGCUUUUCCAGGAUGGGAAGUUCAGGUGGAACCGACUAGAAAACUUGCUCGAUCAAGGAAGCAAAGAUAGCGAUUUCUCUGCAAACGAUGCUUUACAGCCUGUUUUGAAGUUAUUAUUGGGUCCGGAUGGUGAAGAACUGCGGACUUUAGUUGUAAAGGAGGCUGUGCGUGUAACUGAAGCCUUUAUUUGGGGCACAGCUAUUGACACAUACAGUAUAAUGCCGGAUUUUAUGAAGGGUUUGAUUGUUAAUGGCAAUGUUACCGGACCUCUCGCAAUGAGUGUUGCUGAACAAGAAAGCAUGAUAGCACUCCGAGAUCAAGUAAUCAGGAUUUGGGGACUUUUAAGGACCUCUGAAAGCUUUGAUCCUGCCAUUUUACUGCCCAUUGUACAAGUCCUUCAACAACCUGAAGCGCGCAGCCUUGGGGGCCAAGUUAUUGGUGGGAUAACACAACGACUUGCGGCACGGUUGUUGCAACAAGUUCUUCGUGUGCCACCACCAGUUCCUGCCUCGUUUUUGUGACCAGUAGAUUGAAGACACUCGGGUAAAGCAAAUAUUUGUUGUAAUGAUACUUUCAAGUUGAAGAAAACAGGGAAAGAUCAAGAAUAAUACUUGAACCGUUUUACCAUUUUUGUCUCCAUCACUUGGUUUGGAAGAAAUGUACGUGUGCCUGUGUGUGUCAAAACAUGCAUAGAACCGACAGUUCAAUCUGUAGGGUCGUAUAGAAGCUUCUGAAACUAACUUUUACAGUGUAUAUAUUACUGUUGCUUCAAAUGUUUUAUACAAGUGACAUAAAUCCUAGAAGUCCAUCAGUUCAUUCAUAUAUUACAUAGCAUAUGAACACAAGUAACUGACUUGUUGGCUGUUGGUGGUUUC